AUGGUGCAGAUGUGGGAGAUAGUUGGCGGAGCGGACAAAGGUGGCAUCAUUGUAAGGGAUGGCGAGACCACCAAGUCGAACCAGCUUGAUGACAGACUCUCCACGGGUGCUUUGGUGGAAGAGUUGGAGUUGAAGGGAGAGCGGCUGUGCUACAAGCUGGUCAGCGGCACGGGGCCAGCAGUCGGUUGGGUCAGCAUCAAGCUGAAGGACAAGGAUCUGGCGGUGAAGACGGACAAAGCUCCAGCCACCAGCCCGCCGCCUACGGCAGUUGGUCCCAAGGGUGAGGCGCCUCUGCCCGUGGCGGUGUUCUUCCCGGGCCAGGGCUCGCAAUACGUCAAGAUGCUGGAAAAGGUAGCAGACCUCCCACCUGUCAAAGACAUGUUGGAGAAGUCCAAGCCCAUUCUGGGCUAUGACAUUUUGGACAUUUGCAUGAAUGGGCCCGAAGACAAGCUGGAGGAGACCAGGUACUGCCAGCCCGCCAUGUUCAUCGGUGGCCUUGCCGGGCUUGAGAAGCUGAGACAAGAAAAAACAGAGGCGGUGGACCGGGCAGCUGUGAUGGCUGGCUUGUCACUAGGUGAGUACACUGCUCUCUGUGCAGCUGGCGUCAUGAGCUUUGAGGAUGGGCUGAAGCUGGUCAAGCUGCGAGGUGAGGCGAUGCAGGAGGCAGCUACGUCCGGCAGCAAGAAGCAGCUGAUGCUCUCGGUGGCGGGCCUGGAGCGGGUGAAGCUGGAGCCGCUUUGCCGGGAGGCUGCCACUAAGGAGGGCGACGGCGUGUGCUCCGUGGCCAACUGCCUCUUCCCCGGCGGAUUCUCCGUGGGCGGCACGGAGCAGGCCAUCAACACCCUGAAGGACCUGGCCGAGAAGAACGGCGCUCUCCAGGCCAAAGUCUUGAAGACGGCUGGCGCUUUUCACACAUCUCUCAUGCAGCCGGCGCAGGAUCGGCUCUCUGCUGCACUUGAAGAGACGUUGCCCAACAUGAAGCCGCCCUUGCACACGGUGUGGAUGAAUGCGUCGGCCCAGCCGAUUCGUCCUGGCACCGACCCCAAAGAGAUCGUCGCUUUGCUGCAGAGGCAGUUGACGAACCCCGUGCUUUGGGAAGACUCUGUCAAGGCCAUCAUGAAGGAAGGGGUCAAGGGCUGCCUCGAGGAUGUCCGGAAACAGGGAAAGCUUCACCAGCUUCAACCGGAAGGUCUGCAGAAGAGCCCUAGCAAUCGAAGCUUCAGCGGCGUCGAGCACGACAUCAAUAUCAGGACGCUGCGGCGGCUCAGCGCCCCGCUGCAGGUUGCCCGAGCGGCCAUCAGCGCGAACCGAGCUGCUCGGCUGAAGCGUGCGACGGCCAGUCCUGAGACGAGCGAGGAGGUUGACGAGCAGCCCCGGCGGAAAUCUGUGGCGCUGACAACUUCUUCGCGGCCCGCUGUGAAUCAGGCAUCGCGCAUACCGACCUUCUUGAGGAUGGACAACGGCGGCACUGAGGACUUGGACAAAGUGGACGUCGAAGAGGCUUCAUGCGAUCUGAAUUGUGAGACUUGCCAUGCGGCGCGUUCAGGGCGGCUCAAGAUGGACUACAUUCCGGCUCCGACUGGGUGCAGAGAAUGGCUGACGGUGCUGCUGGGCCUUGCAAGCUGCUUCCUCUUCUCUGGGAUACUCUUUGGAUGGGCUUCCUGGCAAGCCUUGCUAGAGGAUGAUGGCGUGUACGCAGGCGCAGAUGAGACAGAUCGCCAAAGCCGCAUGGUCUUGCUGUACACCGUUGGCACAACCUCUGCCACCAUUGCGCAUGCCAUGGUCACCUUCAUCAUGGACAACGUCAGCCCAAUUUUGCUGGUUGCGUGCGGAGGACUGCUGGAGUCCGUGGGGCUUUUCCUGGUGGGCGUGGGGGACGAGGCCCUAUUGGUUGGCUUUGGGCUGAUCGGGGUCGGGGGUGCGGCUCUCAUGGCCCACGCCCUGAAGCUGCCGUUUUUGGUUCCGCGGCACUUCGCGGCAGUGAUGACGGUGGCGAACUGCCUCAUCGACGCCUCCGCAGCGCUGCCCGUGGCGCUGUACCGCCUCCGCACCCUCGCCGCGAGCGCCGACGGCUCCGACGGCGCCGACGGCGCCGAAGGGACCGCGGGGUCACCGGGGUCACCGGGGUCACCGGGGUCACCGGGGUCCCGCGGGCCGCUGGUCUUCGCGUACGGCGCCCUGUGCCUGGCGCUGAGUGCCGCGCUGGUCCUCAGCUGGCGCGGGGGCCCCAGCGCCCGCCUUGCGGCGCAGAACGCCGCUGAGGAGGCCUGUGUCACAAAAGCGACGGACACGGAGACGGACAACUGCGAGCAAAAGACGAGGCAGAGGCACGAGCAUGGCCGGCUACACGGGCUGUCGCCGUGGACUCAGCUUUGGUCCUUCGAGUUUGUUUUUUGCGCCAAUAGUUAUCUGGGCUACAACAAGAUUUUGUUGCAGCAGCUCGGCGACGACAACACGUAUACCCAGCUCUUCACGGCACUGCUGCCGGCGUCGGCGGUACUGGCGCCCGCCUUCAGCGCGCUGCUGCGGUUCGGGGGCUUCGCGUGGGCCUUCGGGUUGACGAGUGGUCUGGGCUUCGUGUGGACCGCGGUGAGUGGUUUGUGUCCUCUCAAGGUCCAGGUGGUGGCCUUUGUAGCCUUCAGCUGCUACCGGGCGCUGCUCUACUCCGCGUACUUCACCUUCUUGGCGCACAGCUUCGGGCACCGCACCAUGGGCCGCGUGCACGGCCGGCUCUGCGUGCUGGCAGCCUGCGCCAGUUGGCUGAUCUGGCCCUGCACCAACGCGGCUCAGCGCCUAGGCGACCUCCGCCUGAUGAGCGCGCUGGCCGCGCUGCUUAUGGUGCCCACGGCGCUCAUGACCAUCGGCCUGGCCAGGCACUUGCGGGCCUUCCCCUCAGGGGACCUCCGCUCCGACUUCAGCCCAGUCCUCCCUGGGGAGGCGGAGGAUGUCCCGUCGCCCAUGGUGCAGGAGUUGCAGAGGCAAAGCUCGUCCUUGGAUGAUGAGUCGGACGACGACGCAAACCCUGUGGGAAAGGCAGAGACGCAGCAAAGCUCUCAGAGGUAA